CAUGCUCACCCCAUUACAAUAUCUUUCAAUUUUCACCCCAUAGCUAGAGAUUUAGACAUGUUUUCUACACCUUCUUCUCCAUCACACCUUUCCAUCAUCUUCCUCUCAACCAUUUUAUUCAUUUUCAUAAACCCUUCUCAAAGUUCCAUUCAAUCGUUCAUCUACGAUGGCUGCUCCCAACAAAAAUACACCCAAGGAACACCUUACGAAUCAAACGUCAACUCCCUACUCAAUUCCUUAAUCAACUCAGCCUCAUAUGUUUCCUUCAACAACCUCAACAGCUCAGUCCCCGGUUCGACCCUAACUGAGGUCGCCUACGGUCUGUUUCAGUGUCGUGGUGACCUAAGAGGGUCAAAUUGUCGAGACUGUGUUGUGGGAGCAGUGAGUCAACUCGGUGUUCUUUGUGGUAACUCGACGAGUGGGGCGUUGCAACUUGAAGGGUGUUACGUAAAGUAUGAUAGUGUUUCCUUUGUGGGAGUUGACGACAAGACUUUGGUGAUGAAGAAAUGUGGACCUUCGAUUUCACUUGAUUCGGAAGAGUUGAUUCCACGUGAUGCGGUCUUAGGUCAUCUAAGGGUCGAGGAAGAUUAUUUUCGUGUGAGUGGGUCACGAAAUGUACAAGGGGUAGCACAAUGCAUGGAGGAUUUGAGUGGAGACCAGUGUCAAGACUGCUUAUCAGAGGCAAUAGGACGUUUAAAAGUCGAGUGUGGACCCGCGAUGUGGGGCGACAUAUUCUUGGGAAAAUGUUACACGAGAUACUUCGAGCAAGGGGCACACUCGAAAACCGAUAAUGACGAGGAUGAAAAAACACUCGCAAUUUUAAUUGGAUUGAUGUCUGGAGUUGUGUUGCUCAUUAUUUUCUUGUCGUUUUUGAGCAAACUAGUUGAUAACAAAGUUUUUCAUAUUGCAGGUGGAAAAUGAAAAAAGAAUAAUUUUAAUAAUAUAAGUAUGUGUGUGUAAAUAAUAAUGUUGAUAUAGAUAAGGUUAGACAUUCUUGGAGAAUUUUCUAGAGGUGUAUAUCUUAAUUUAUUGUAAUAUUUGCUUCAUGCAAAAGUUUAAGCUUAUAGAACAUAUAUUUUAAUCAUUUAAUUUCAAAUCAUAAUA